AUGGCUAAGUUCAUCAAGUCAGGUAAAGUUGCUGUCGUUGUCAGAGGUAGAAACGCAGGUAAGAAGGUUGUCAUUGUCAAGCAAUUUGACGAAGGUACCAAGGCAAACCCAUUCCCACACGCUAUUGUCGCAGGUGUCGAAAGAGCUCCAUUAAAGGUUACCAAGGGUAUGGGUGCAAAGAAGCUUGCAAAGAAGACCAAGGUCAAGCCAUUUGUUAAGUUAGUCAACUACAACCACUUAAUGCCAACCAGAUACUCUUUUGAUGUUGAACCAAUCAAGACUGCUGUCUCUGUUGAAGCUUUAUCUGAACCAUCUCAAAGAGAAGAAGCAAAGAAGGUUGUCAAGAAGGUUUUCGAAGAAAGACACCAAGCAGGUAAGAACAAGUGGUUCUUCACUAAGCUUGCUUUCUAA